AGAGAAUUUGGGAAUGCUCAUUUGUGUUAUACAAUGAGCUCUUUAAUUGUGUUCUUCUUAGCCUAUUCAGUCUCGGGAAGGAUUGUGAGCAAGGAAAUUCAAGCACGAGAUCUCAAUACCAGUGGUUAUCCGGAUUCCUUUCGCCAAGAUAGAAAAGAGAAAUUUGGGUCUGGAAGCAACAGCACUGCAUUUAUUGAAGACGAUGUUAAAAAUUUUGUGAGCCGAUUGUCGUUAAGACGGUGCAACACCUCAACUGACGUUUUGCUGGUAAAUAAGCCGUUGCUACACAAUAGAUGGAAAAGGUCCAAGGCAGCAAAUCAGCAAUGGGAUCGUGGUCCCUGGUGGUCAAAGGGUAAAAAAUUUGAACAUGGACCUUGGUGGAAAGGGAUUGGCGCUAAUAUCAAAAAGAACGGCGAUCUUUCUGCUGUCAGAAAAAAGACUGAUGAGAAGACUCCCCUGCUCAAGAAGAAUCUUGGAAGGUUAUCAGUAUCAAAGAAGGGCCCCCGUAACGGAUUGUAUAGUGAAGAAGUUGGAAAUAAAUUGUCUGUAAUAAGCGUGCAUAAAGCUGGGCGGAAAAAAGCGAUAACAAAGAAUAAACGUCAAGAAAAGUCUAAGAGGAGAGAGAAGUACAAAACUAGACGAGCCCACACUUCGACAAAGAGCGCCAUUGGGCUCAGUACGCGCGUGAGACACUUCAAUCUGUUUACCGCAUCCAACAGAGGUUCAAGAACGCUCAAAAACAGAACUCAUGUUAAAAACAUUACCCCACUUACAACUUCGGUCAAAGCGCUGAAGACACAGAAAAGAGAUGCACGCGUGAGAGGCAUCAAUCCAUCUAUAAGUUCGCCUAAAAGGUUGACGACAACAACAUCCAAGAAUGUAGAAAUCAGUGGUAAUCGAAAUAAGAAGAAGAACUUCGGAAACCUGGAUAGAGUGAGCAAAAAGACGGCAGAUGACGAACUGGAGGAAGAAACAGAAGGCAGCGGAGACGAAGAGGUGUUGGUUGCCAGCGUAAAAAUUAGCAGGCAAGAGUCUUUAGCGGGAAAGCAAGGAGUCGCUGACGGAAGAGUGAAAGAUCCGGUGGUUAGAAAAGCAUUGAAACAUGAAAACAAAAUGAAUGCGGAGUAUAGCAAAUUUGCUAUCGGAACAACAAAAGGUAAUACUAAGGCAUCGGUGGAGCAUGAAGAAAGACAACAUGAUGUUGAAGAAGCAAAGAAGAAAAAGGAAAGAGCACAAAGAAAGAAGGGUCAUAAAGGAUCCAAAACAGGAAAGUUUAAAAGUGCGAUUAGGAAUGAAAAAGAAGACAACAAAGAAAAUAAGGAGAAAUCGUCUAGAGGUUACAGUGUACAUCUGAAAGAAAUAACGAAACUGCAAACAAGCAGUCGUGGCUAUCUUACAAGUAAUCAAGGAAGAGUUACUCGCAGCAGCGGUCAGAUCAUGAAGAGACAUAAAAAGGGAGAAAAAGCGGCAACUUCUGAAGUCUUUUUGGAGGGGAUUAAAAGCGAAACAUCAAUGUCUCCUAAAACAGGUGAAAAUAACACCGUCAAUUUGAGUGAAGGAAGCCAUAAGUACGCCUUUCAAGACAACAAAACUGCCACGAAAGUUUCCGUGCAAAAGGAAGAAGAUGGAGCUUAUCGUGUGUCAAAUGCUGCUGGGCAAACGCUGACAUCAAAUGGCAAGUUGAAGAGGAUCAAAAGUGAUGGAAUGCAAAUAAAUGGCAGGAAUAUGCGUGAAAAGAAUGGGAAACAAAAGGCAAGCGUUAUUGAGGCGCCAGAAGGAAUGAAAGAGAAAGCAGGUGAUGGCAAAGUUGGGUCAGACAGAGAACAGAAGAGUAAAUCAAACGCCGAAAAACCUCACGAGACCAAAGAAAACAAGCGCUUAGAAAGGAAAAAGACUCCCACAAGCAGCGGUGAUCAAACUAGAAUUGGCGGCGAUGAAAAGAUCAUAGAUGUAAGGAAGAAUAGUGUAGAUUCGCGAGAUCGCUGGGACACCUCAAUUAAGACCACGCAAAAACUUACAAAAGUCAAGGUCACAGAAGAAGCAAAAGCGGAUUACGUAAAAGGAUCAAGUAGCACAGUGAGUGAGAAAAGAAAGAAACCUAUGUCACAUAGCGAUAGAGCAUUUGGAAAAGUAAAAGAAACUUUAAAGGCAGAAAAUGAGAACGCCGGCAGUGAUAAGGAGCAGAGUACUAAACCUGAUGUUAACAGAGUCAAAGAAGAUAAUCUACCAAAAGAUGAAAAAACUACUGCAUGGGCCAGUGUUCAAAAACUUGGACCUGGAAGCUAUAAAACACUUGCAAAUUCAGAAAAGAAGAAUGGAGAAGUAGAAGCUGCUUAUGACACCUCGAGUGUAACUAGACAGAAGCCUGUCAUUCAUAACAAAUCCACAAACGGAAGAGUCGAGGAAAAAGAACCACAUAACAGGAAUAGUAGCAGUGAGAAGGAGAAGACUUUCUUCAUUAGCAAUGAAUCGGAACGACGGACAGACAAGGGGCGCAACAGUAAGCUGAAUAGUACUAGUUCUCCGGAGAGAGUCAAGGAAAAGAAGGAACAACAAAAAGAGGAGAACACCGAGAGGGGCAAUAAUGGAAAAUUUGGCUUUGGCUGGAGCACUGGAGCGAUUUUAAAUACUAAAGUGCCUGACCAGGCUACACCGAGGGGCGUUACACGAAAGUUCGCGAACGUUGAAAGCAGCAAAGCAGUAAAUGAUAGAAACAAAUCAAGCAGCAAGCAUAUGCAACAGGAGAAGGAGAAGGAUUUGUCGGAUAGCGAUGAAGAGUCCAAAGUAGGGAAAAAAGGUACCACAGAAAGUGGUAAGGGUGUAAAGCGAAAAUUAUUAUCUGUUCCUGAUCGUCUUCCAAAGGUAGAUGGGAGGGACAACGGACAAGAAGGAAAAAGGGACACCACAAGCAGUAGCGAUCGAAAGUUUGGCUACGGUGGCGGAAUAGAAUCGCAACUCACGAUGAGGAAUGACGCAAAAGGAUUAGAACAGAGUACGUCAAAUGGUGCUAAGGGAAAGGCUAGCACGGACAAGUCUGCAACCGUUAGGAUCAGGACUAAUGGGAGAGAAGGAAGAAGGAAAGGAAGUAAGGAGGUACCAAGUGACUAUGAAGCGUCCAGGAAAGUAGAAGAAGACAAAAAUAAUUUUUUGGAUAAACCGCGGACUAAAUCAGAUGGUAACCGAUCUUCCGAAAAAUUUGAGGAAGGUAAUAAACAAGAAGAAGAAAGCACAACUAGUGCCAAGAAAUCUGGUUUUGGUGGUGGCGGGGCACUCAGUAAUGCGCUACCGAAAGGUGAAAAAUUAGCAGCUCAUCAUGAGACUUCAAAAGAAGCGAAGUUUGAAAAAAGUAACAAAAUGAAAGCCAAGACGGAAGGUGACGGAAAGGAAGAAGGCGUCAAAAGUACGAGUGAGAAAGAAAAGAAAAUCGUGCAGGGCAGCGAUAAAGUCUCCAAAAAAGUAAAAGGAAAGGAAACCGUAGAAAAUGGUGCAGAUAAAGAGCGAAACAUCAAAGCAGAUGGCAGCCAAUCUACAAAGGAACUCGAAAAUGAAAUCAAGUCGGGAAAGAGAACGACAAUCACAGGCGGCAGAGAAAAGAAAGUUAAAAUUGGUAGAGGCGGAGCACUUUUAGAAGCGAUUGCGGGAGACUCGAAAGUAGAAACAACACAAGACACUUUUAACGGACUUAUGAUGAAGCACACUAACAACGGCGAGUCAGUCGGCAGUCAUACAGUCGGCAUGCAAGAGGACAAUCGAAAGAAAAGUAGCAAGGCUUCAAAUGAGGACAAGAAGAAAAAGCCAGUCUCAGUCAAUGAUAAAGCGUUAGAAGAAGCGUUAGUGCAUGCUAGGGAAGAUAUCAGGCAAAACAACACGACUAGAAGUAGCCAGAUGCCAAGCUUGGGUGCCGGUCGCGAAGCCAAAGAAGGCCACGGACGGAGCAGAAUGACAAGCAGAUCCAGCGAAAUCAUCGACAUCGCUGCAACUGUACGAGCCUCUGUUAAGAGUUCUGUAGACCGAGUGUCGCUGAAACGUGUCGAUGCUUUGAUUGAUGUUUUGCUAGAUGGCAAAGAAACAGUGUUGCACAAUAGAAGGAAAAGAUCCAAGGCAGCAAAGCAGCACUGGGGUCAUGGUCCGUGGUGGUCAAAAAGUGAAAAGUUGGAACAUGGACCCUGGUGGAACAGGGGCAAAAAUAAAAGCAAGAUAAAGCAUGACAUAUCUUCUUCUGUUAGGAGAGAGUCUGUUGAGAAGAAUCCUGCACUGCUCAGAAAGAGCCUCAAAAAGCUGUUAGAGACGAAGAAAGCUCUUUCCGAAGACGAGAGCUUGUAUAGUGAUGAAGUAGGAAAUAUACGCUUUGAAGCGAGCGUACGCGGAAGUGGACGAAAAAAAGUGGUAAGAAAGAAGAAACGUCGAGAGGAAUCUAAGAGAAAGAAGCAAAAAACUAGACGAGUCCACUCUACGAGAAAGAGCAACGCUGCUAAAAGACGCAAAACUCGCUUCAGCUUACCUACUACAACUGUCAAAGCUUUGCAAACUCAAAAACGCAAAACACACUUCAAGCAUAACAACUUUUCUACUUCUUCGAUCAGAGAUAUUAGAAGGCAAAGUACAACCACAGUCAGAGGCAUACCUCCUUCUGCAGCUUCAGAGAGGUUGACGAUUCAUAAAACCAAUGCCCAUACUCACAUAGGUGGCACUCCAUCCAUUUCGGUUGAAGGGUUGAGAACGCAAAAGCGUGAAAUCGGAGUCAAACACAUUACCGCAUCUACAACUAUAGCUAAAAAUUUGAAGACGCAGAAACGCAAUGUUCACGAAAAAGGCAACAUUUCAUCUACUGUCUCUUUUAGACGUCUGAGGAUGCAGAAACGCAUAACUCGCUUGGAAAACAUUACUCCGCCCAAGAUUUCGAGCGAAAUAGUGACAGCAGCACCAUCCAGAUACAAUGGAUAUCAAAAUGAGAAGCAAUACUCUAAGCAUUUCUUCAAAGCGAACAAAAAUGCGGUAGCUGACGACUUACAAAAGCGAGUAGAAGGCAGUGGAAAUAUGAAGUUGGUAGGUGACGCGGCACAAGCUGGCAAGCAAAGGCCUGCGAAGAUUUCGAUAGGAAAGCAAGGACUCGAUGAUGAAAGAGUGAAAGAAGCGGUAACGAGAAUUACAUCAAACUUUGAAGAAGCAGGAGACAAAGAAUCCACUCAACCUUCUGAGUUUGCCAGAUCAGUUUUUGGAACAACAAAUGGUGAUACCAAGGCAUUAAUGAUGCCUAAAGAAAAAAUGCAUAGUGUUGAAGAAGUAAAGAAUAAAAAAGAAACAACGGUUAAGCGCAAACCUGCAAAUGGAAUAAUCUUGGUCAUUGUUAAAUCGGGAAAGAAUGCCGGUAAAAAAUUCGAAAAAGAGAAGACCGCAGGCAGAGUUGGUCAAAUGGAAGGAUUUACCAAGGACGAAACUGAAAACAAAAAGAAUGUGAAGAAGUCCUUCAAAAAUUACAAUGUGCUUCUGAAAGAAACAACGACACUGGCAAGCAGUCAUGGCUAUCUUACAAGUAAUCAAAGAAAACUUACUCGCAGCAGCGGUCAAGUCCCGAUGAGACAUAAAGAUGGAGAGGAAAAGGGAUUUUCCAAAAAGGGGAAUAAAAGCAAAACAUUAUUACUUUAUGAAACAGGUGGAAACAACAUAAGUACUCUGAAUGAAGGAAGCCACAAUUACGGUCUUCGGAAUUAUGAAACUGCCACGAAAGUUUCCGUGCAAAAAGCAGAAGGCGGAAAUUAUCGUGCAUCGAAUGCCGCUGAGCAAAUGUUCACAUCAAAUGGCAAACUGAAGAAGAGCAGAAGUGGUGGAAAACAAACAAAAGACAAGAAUAUGCGUGAGGAAAACAAGGACAAGAAGGCAAGCGUCAAUGAAGCAUCAGAAGAAAUGAAAGGAAAAGCAGACGAUGGCAAAGCUGUGUCAGACAAGGAACAGAAGAGUUCAAAUGCCGGCAAAUCGCACAAGACUGAAGGAGACAAGUGGUCAAAAAAGAAGAAGAUUUCCACAAGCAACAAUGAUCGAAUUAGGAUUGGUGGCGAUGAGAGGAUUAUAGAGAUGAAGAAUAAUGUAAGUCUGCGAGAUCACCGGGACACCUCAAUUAAGACCAUGCAAGAACCUACAAAAGGCAAGGUUACAGAAAAAACGAAAGCGGAUUACUUAAAGAAAUCAAGCAGCACAAUGAGUGAGAAAGAAAGAAAAUCUAAUUCACAAAGCGAGAGAGCGUUUAGGAAAGUAAACGAAAUUGUAAAAACAGAAAAUGAGAAAGCCGGCACUGAUAAGAAGCAAAGUACUAAAAGUGAUGCUAACAGAAGCGAAAAUUAUAAGCUGCCAAAAGAUGAAAAGACCACUGCAUGGGUCAGUGAACGAAAAUUUGGACCUGGAAACUAUAGAACACAUACAAGUUCAGAAAAGGAAAAUGGAAAAGGAGAAACUGGUUAUGACACUUCAAGUGUCACUAGGCAGAAGCCUGUCAUUGGUACGGAAUCCACAAAAGGAAGAGGCGAGAAAAGAAAAUCAAAUAGCAGGAAAAGUAGUGAAAAGGAGAAAACCUUGUUCAAUGGCGAUGGAUUGGAACGACGGAGAGACAAGGGGAGGGAUACUAAGCUAAAUAAUGCCAGUUUUCCGGAAGAAGUCAAGGAAGAUAAGGAACCACAAAAAGAGGAGGACACCAAGAGUGGGAAUGACGGAAAAUUUGGCGUCGUUCCUGGAGCGAUUGUGAGUACAAAAGUGCCUGACAAGGACACAUCGAAGGGCGCUACACGAAGGUUCGCGAACACCGUUGAAGAUGGCAAGGCAGUAAAUGAUGGAAACAAAUUAAGCAUCAAUAUGCAACAGGAUAAGGAGAAAGGUUUGUUGGAUAGCGAUGAAGAGCCCAAAGCAGGAGAAAAACUUACAACAGAAAAUGGCAAAGGUGUAAGGCGAAACUCAUUAACUAAUGCUGAUCGACUUUCAAAAGUAGAUGGGAGGGACAACGGACAAGAAGGAAAAAGGGACACCACAAGCAGUAACGAUCGAAAGUUUGGCUAUGAUGACGGAGCAGAUUCGCAACUUAUGAUGAAGAAUGACGCAAAUGGAUUAGAGCCGUGUACUUCUAAUGGUGUUACAAAAGCUAGUACGGACAAGUCUGCAAACGUUAGGAUAAGGACUAUUGGGGAAGAAGGAAGGAAAGAGGAAAGUAAGGAGGUACCAAGACCAGUUAACGAAACUGCAAAUGAGGGAGGAAGAUUACGUGGCAAAAAUAAUCUUGAGAAGGAAAGGAAUGCCUCGUUAGAUAGCGAUGGAGCGUUCAAACGAAGCACAGAGGAGGGACGACAUACUAAACCGAAUAGUGUCAGUUCUCAGAAGGUCAAGAAAGACAAAGAACCACAAAAGGAGGAGAACACCAAGAGUGGCAGUAAUCGAAAAUCUGGCUUGGACGCCGAUAGAACGACUGUGGUUGAAAAAGCGAGCGUUGACAAGGACGCACUGAAGAGAGUCACACAAAAGUCUGCUAACAGAGUUGAAAACAGCAAAACUUUAAGUGAUGGAAACUUACCAAGUAGUAAGCAUGCGCAAAAGAUGAUGGAGUUCAAUGCAGGGAAAGACAGUACAGCAGAAAAUGGCCAAGGUGUAAACCAAAGCGCAGAUGCUGAUCCACUUUUAAAAAAGAAUGCGAGAGACAGGGGACAAGAAAGAAAAAAGAUUACUACAAGCAGCAACAAACGAAAGCUUGAAUACGGCAACGGAGCAGUUUCGCAUAUGAUGAGCAUUAGUGAAAGUGGACCUGAGCAGAAUACCUUUGCCGCCAAGCAAAAUUCCAAUAGCAGUCAAUUCGUAAAAGGCAGAGUGAGAGGUAAUGGAAAAGAAAAGGAAAGCGAGAAGAAAAAGGACAUGGCAGGUAGCUCUAAACCAUUCAGAGAAAUGGAAGAAGGUAAAAAAGCGACGGUCUUGUAUGCGGAGCGGAACACAUACUUGCGUAGUAACAAAUCUUUGCAAAAAUUCAAGGGAGACAACGAAUCAAGAAAAGGAAGGACCACCACAAUUGACAAUGUUCGAAAGGGUAAUGCUGUAGCAGCUGUGGUUGUACUUCAGCCUGACAGUAAUAAAUCUGUAAACGGUAAAACAAGAGGUAAUGAAUUCGAAGAAAACAAAAAGAUUAUGCGUGAGAAGGAAAAGAAGCCUCUGUAUAACGAUGAAGCGGCCAGAUUAAAGAUGCAAGAUAGAAGAAAAGAAGAUAGCAAAUCUGUUUCAGACAAAGAGCAAACUUCAAAAGGUGAUCGAGCCUCAAAGGGAGCUGCAUCAGAUAUUGUAUUGGAGAGACAAAACAGCACAAGCAGAAAGGAUUCAGAGUUUGCACAAGUAGGCGAGACUCCGAUAGCAAGAACGAAUAACGAAGAACGACCUGACAAGAUUAUGUCAAAUGGUUCCACGCAAAAGCCUGAAGACGACGAAUAUGCAAGGAAAAAGACGGGAGAUAAUAAGAAAAGAGACGAGAAGAAAAAGAAGAAGAAGACAAGUAGCGAUAAAGAGUCCAAAAAAGCGGGAAAAAGCAACAUCAAAGUAAAUGGUGCAAACAAAGGAGGAAACAUCAAAGCACAUGGUACCAAAACUGCAGAGGAGUUUGACGAAAAAAUCAAGGUGAGAAAAGGAAAGUAUACUACAGCUGGCAGUAAACGGAAUACACUUCGUAAAGGCAAAAAACUUAAGAAGCCUUCCAACAGCCACAACUCCGAAAGCGACAUGACAGGAAAUAUUCAAAAAGAAAGAAAUAAUGAGGAUCUAAAUAAGGACAAGAAGGAAAAGACAACAACGGCUAGCUACAAAGCAUUAAGAAGAGUGCGAAUACGUGGGGGAGGAAAUGUUAAACCAAGCAGUGUGGAUGAGAAUAGCCAGAGGCCAAGACUGGUUGCUAGUAGGGUAGCAAGAAAAGGCACUGCGCAGAGCAAAAAGACGAAAAACGACAAAAACAAUAUUAGCACCGGAAUGAUGCAAUCUAAGGGCCAGAAAACUGGGAUAAAAAAUCCGGCUGAAAAGAACAGAACUGGGAAGGCCAGAAUAAACGGGAAAGGCCUUGCCAUAACAGAAAAAACAGAAUCAAUGCAGACAACUCCAGUCAAGUUACAAGUGAAGAGUAAUGGGAAGGAAAGUGCACACAAAAUUGCAAUCAAAUCAGCUACGAAGAGCAGUAAAGGAAAGGAGAGCAAUGAAAAUAGGACCACACGCAAAUUUGCACUUAAAUCAGUUUUGAAAAAUAGGAAAACAAAGAAGAGCAAUAAGAAGCAAACUACACGCAAAGGCUCAUUCAAAAGAGAUCGCAAACUUAAGAAGGGAAGAAAGAAAGGGUCUUCAAAUAAGUUAUCCAAGCAAAAUGUGGCAAAGGGAAAACGAUUAAAGACAAAAAAUAGAUCAGCAAAUAAACCAGCAGUUUUCAAAGUAGGAAGGAGAAAGACAAACAAGCGAAAAGGAAAGCCAAAAAUUGAACGAUUGAAGUCCUCAUUUGAGUACGAGGAAUCUCCCUGGAAAUUUAGAGGACCCAUGUUUGAUGACUGA